AGAAUCCUCUCAUGCACGCGGUGGAGAGCAAUAACGCAGACAUGGUCCACUUCCUCAUCGAGAGGGGCUGUGAUGUCAACAGCCAGUCAUACAGUGGGAACACAGCCCUGCACAGCGCGUGUGGCCGAGGUCAGGUGGACACAGUGCGGUUGCUUCUGAAGAGCGGCGCUGACAGCAGCCUCAAGAACUACCACAACGACACACCUGUGAUGGUGGCCAAGAACAAGAAAAUAACAGACGUGUUACGAGGGAGAGGCUCCAACCAAAUAAGAGUUCAAGAUCAACACUGUGUGUCCCUCUCGUCACAUGGGAGCAAUUUAACAGAAAAUGGGUCCCCAUCUUCCAACCACAGUUAUGGAUAUUCACCUGCAAACACACCACACACCCCUCAUUGCAGCACCUCCCAUUCUCCAAAGACUCAAUCUACACUUAUGUAUCCAAUUUAGUAGUGUAAGUUAUAUCUGGUGCACCUUGCGACUACCUCCACACAACUAACCUGAAAAGACUGCAUUACCCUGAGAGACACUGAAGUCAGCAGAAGGAGAAUUCAGGAGAAGAUUUAGCCAAAGGGAUGACAGAGCAGAAAAUGGACUGCAUAUGAAUUUAAACUUCCUCACACUCCAUGUUAAAGGACAGUCAAAGUUUGCACUGUUGGGGCUUGAUUCCUGAACAGGGUGCCUAUCUGCUCAUCCACCUCCCUAAUAACCAGGACCAAAGUGACUGAAAGCUGUUGCAGUGAAAAUCUGGAUUUCUCCCUGUGAAGUUACUCCAUGCAGCAACAGAAAUGUGCAACUGCAUGCAAUCAUGGACUUAUAUUGAAGACUGUUAUUAAACUGCGUGGAGAUUUUAAUAAAUCACAGACAUGGGGCUCAGCUUGGUGAACUAAAGGGUCAAAGCAUUUUGGCCUUUUUUGUUUAAAGGAGAGAGAUGGCAAGAAAUUAAGGGCAACAAAUACACCAUUUUGAAACCUGAAGUCUUCUAGCCAGGCUGCUUACUGUAAUGCUUGACAAUGUAACUUGACUUGCUUAAUAUUGCACAUGUGUAUUCCUUUUUCAACAAUGUGUGUCCACAGUACCUUUCAGGUGUGUGCGUGCCUGUGCAAGUGUUGUUAUAUCACUAUGAAAAGUUGUAUUUUUUAUAUAAAAUGUGUUCAACAGAA